AGUUUUUAUUCGAAAAGCUAGCAAUCUAUCUGGCUGAAGUGCAAGAAGCUGAUUUUGUUAUCACUAUUGCUGAGCCUUAUGAGACCUUUCAUGAGCUCUUAGAGAUAGCAACAGAAGCCCCUUAUAAUAAAGACCAAAAUAUAUUUAGUAAAUUCAUGGAUUUUUUGAAAGCACAAUCAGCAAAAGCUAGAAAAGAAAAUCCUACAGUAGCAACACUAGCUUUCCAAAGCCUACAUGAAAGAAUAGCAAGUUCUAAAGUCAAACUCAGAUAUUUGAAAAGAAAUUUU